AUGAGAAUCAAUGAAUUUCUUCAUAUGAAUAAAGGUGAUGGGGAGCUCAGUUACGUUCAAAAUUCCUUUGACCAGAAUGGAGUGUGGCUAAUGAACCAACACUUAAUAGAGAGCACAAUACAAUAUCUAAUCUCUAAGGAUAAAGGCUUAAUUAAGGGCCUUAAUGUAGCUGAUUUGGGAUGUGGAGUGGGCCAUGUUCCAUUAGCUCUAGUAUCGUUGAUAACAGAAAUUAUGCAAAGGAAGUUCAAGGAAUUGAGGCUUGAUAGUGAACCCUCAUGCUUCUUGAUGGGUGUGCCUGGUUCUUAUUAUGACGUGCUAUUUCCUCGCAACAGUUUGCAUUUUGUUCAUUCUAAUUUCACUCUUCAUUGGCUAUCUAAGACACCGUGGCUUUUAGAUAACCAAGGUAUGUCAAUAAACAAGGGAAACAUUCAUAUAGUCGAAACAAGUCCCAAACCAGUUGUUGAAGCUUAUUGGGCUCAAUUUGAACCAGAUUUCAGCCAGUUUCUCAAAUGUCGCUCGAAAGAAGUGGUAACAAAUGGAUUUAUGCUAUUAACACUUACUGGUUCACCAUGCUCUACGGAUUCACUGAUUUGGACUCCGUGCGUGACCAAAAUAUUGAACGAGGCCCUUAUUUGUCUGAUUUCGGAGGGACUAAUCAAGGAAGAGAAGCUAGAUAGUUUUGAGUUCCCUAUGUAUUUGGCUAGCACAAAGCAACUGGAAAUCAUAGUGCAAAAGGAAGGGUCAUUUGCAGUUGAACAUUCAGAGACAACGGAACUUGAUGUUGCACCUGAAAUUGAAGACAAAUUGCAAAGACCUAAGAUACUUACGAAAGUCUUUAGAGCAUACUCAGAAUCGAUACUACCACACCAUUUUGGAGAAGAAAUUAUCACCGUUAUAUAUGAUAAGUUCACACAUUAUGCAUUCCAACAUUUGGUUCAAGAUAAAACCUUUGAGCACUAUGCUGUUACGGUAGUACUUGAACAAAAUUGCAAGGGUGUUGCCGUGUUUCUGGAUUUCGAGGCCUGA